UCUGUACAAGGACAUCAUGAUGGAGGACCACCAGACCCUCACAUCACCAGGUAGACCAAGUAAGAGAAGAACACCAGAGAGAUGUCCAAGUCCUCUUCCCCCACAGGAUCAUCAGCUUUUGAAUGUGGAUAAAGAUCUGAAUAAUAUUAAUUCUACAUAUACAUAUGUGAGGGGUGAUGCCCAGUGUAAGGAGGAAAUUUCUACAGAGACAUAUGUGAGGGGUGAUGACCAGUGUAAGGAAGAAAUUCUUACAGAGACAUAUGUGAGGGGCGAUGACCAGUGUAAGCAAGAGAUUCCUACAGAUAACCACCCAGAUGACUGUAUGGGGAGCUCAGAGGGACAGCUGAUGUCUUCAACUUUUAAAGCAAAUGCUCUUGGUCUCACAGGACACACAUAUCAAGAUCAUGCCAUUAUCUCAGAUAUACCUUCAGCUCUAACACAUCUUCUAUCUUCUGAUUCAUCACAAACUUUAAAGCAGAAUAAAAGUCACAGAAUAGAAGUUGAACAUCAAAGAACAUGCACAGGAAAAAAGACAAUAUCAUGUUUAGAAUGUGGGAAAUGUUUCACUUGGAAAUCACAACUUGUUGAACAUCAAAGAACUCACACAGGGGAGAUGCCAUUUUCAUGCCAGGAAUGUGGGAAAUGCUUCAUAAGAAAAUCACAUCUUGUUGAACAUCAGAGAACUCAUACAGGGCAAAGGCCAUUUUCAUGCCAAGAAUGUGGGAAAUGCUUCACAAGAAAAGCAUAUGUUGUUGAACAUCAGAGAAUUCACACAGGGGUGAAGCCAUUUUCAUGCUCAGAAUGUGGAAAAUGUUUUACUUGGAAAUCACAUCUUGUUAAACAUCAACAAACUCACACAGGAGAUACACCGUUCUCAUGUCCAGAAUGUGGGAAAGGUUUUACUUGGAAAUCACAGUUUGUUAAACAUCAACGAACUCACACAGGGGAAACUCCAUUUUCGUGUCUAGAAUGUGGGAAAUCUUUUACUUGGAAACCACAACUUAUUAAACAUCAACGAAUUCACACAGGGGAGACACCAUUUUCAUGUGAAGAAUGUGGGAAAUGUUUUACACACAAAACAACACUUGUUGUACAUCAAAGAAUUCACACAGGGGAGAAGCCAUUUUCAUGUUCAGAAUGUGGGAAAUGUUUUGCACAGAAAGCAACACUUGUUGUACAUCUAAGAACUCACACAGGAGAUAAGCCAUUUUCAUGUUCAGAAUGUGGGAAAUGUUUUAUUCGGAAACCACAACUUAUUAAACAUCAACAAACUCACACAGGGGAAAAGCCAUUUUCAUGUUAAGAAUGUGGGAAAUGUUUCUUAAGAAAAGCAAAUCUUGUUGAACAUCUUGUUGAUGCCAUUUUGAUGUACAGAAUGUGGGAAAUAUUUAACUUUUAGAUCACAAAUUGUCAAAUAUCAAUGAACUCGCACAGGAGAGAACCCAUUUUCAUACCAAAAAUGUGGGAAAUGUUAUGGCGAGACAUCAAACCUUGUUAGUGUAGUCGCAAACCAACCUUCUGAUGUGAUGCGGCGUCCUAAUAGUUCAGAAGUUAAGUGAGCCGGAUCGAGGUCAAGACACAGAGACACAUACAAGAUGUGUUUCUAGUAAUGGCCUUCUUUAUUGUAAUGAGAAGUGCACGUAUUUAUACACAGACAAACGAA